GCACAUCCCCUCCUCCCGGGGCUCCGUUUUGGUUCCGGGGCAGCGGCUCCUUCCUGCGGGAGGGCGGUGCAGGCUGUGCCCGGCCCGGCCCGGCCCGGCUCGGCCCGGCGCGGCGGCCGCAGCAUGUGAGCCCGCGGGGCGGGGAUGCUCUGGCUGCUCUGCGGCCCCUGCGGCGCCAUGGACAGCCAGGCGCUCGUCAUCCGCAUCAAGAUCCCCGACGGAGCCGCCGUGGACUGGACCGUGCACUCCGCGCCGCAGCUGCUCUUCAGGGAUGUGCUGGAUGUCAUUGGUCAAGUUUUGCCAGAUGCAACGACCACAGCGUUUGAGUAUGAGGAUGAGGAUGGGGAUCGGAUCACGGUCAGGAGCGAUGAGGAGAUGAAGGCCAUGCUGUCCUAUUAUUACUCCACUGUGAUGGAGCAGCAAGUGAAUGGACAAUUGAUAGAGCCUCUCCAGAUCUACCCACGAGCCUGCAAACCUCCUGGGAAACGGAACAUACAUGGCCUCAAGGUGAACACGCGGGCGGGGGCCGGCAGCGGCGCCUCGGCCGCCUCCGAGGCCCUCCCCAGCAACAGCUUGAAGAAGUCCUCUGCAGAGCUGAAGAAGAUCCUUGCCAAUGGCCAGAUGAAUGAACAAGACAUUCGAUACCGAGACAUCCUCGGCCACGGCAACGGAGGCACCGUCUACAAGGCUUACCAUGUCCGUAGUGGAAAAAUCCUGGCAGUGAAGGUCAUACCCUUGGAUAUAACACUGGAGCUCCAGAAGCAGAUCAUGUCAGAGUUAGAAAUUCUUUACAAGUGUGACUCCUCGUAUAUCAUAGGAUUUUAUGGUGCUUUUUUUGUAGAAAACAGGAUUUCAUUGUGCACAGAGUUCAUGGAUGGGGGGUCUCUGGAUGUUUAUAGAAAAAUUCCAGAACACGUUCUCGGAAGGAUAGCGGUGGCUGUUGUGAAAGGCCUGACCUAUUUAUGGAGUCUGAAGAUUUUACACAGAGAUGUGAAGCCCUCCAAUAUGUUGGUGAACACGCGGGGCCAGGUGAAGCUCUGUGACUUUGGGGUCAGCACCCAGCUGGUGAAUUCCAUAGCCAAGACGUAUGUUGGAACAAAUGCUUAUAUGGCGCCUGAGAGGAUUUCAGGAGAGCAGUACGGGAUUCACUCGGAUGUUUGGAGCCUGGGGAUUUCCUUCAUGGAGCUUGCUCUUGGGAGGUUUCCAUAUCCUCAGAUUCAGAAAAACCAGGGAUCUUUAAUGCCUCUCCAGUUAUUGCAGUGCAUUGUUGAUGAGGUGAGUCCUGUGAUUCCUGCACGCUCAUUCUCAGAUCCCUUUGUGUCUUCACUGCUGUUUUGCAUGAAGAAGCAGCCAAAGGAAAGGCCGGCACCAGAAGAUUUAAUGGGCCACCCCUUUGUGGUGCAGUACAACGACGGCAAUGCCGAGGUGGUGUCCAUGUGGGUGUGCAGGAUGCUGGAGGAGCGGCGAGCCCAGGGACCCCAGUGAGCUCUGCAGCACCCCAAGAGCUCUGCCCACACCAGGAUCUCCACCUUUGGACUCUCAGUUUAUCCAGAUCGUAUUUUACUCCAACUAUUUCCUAGAAGCAUCAACAAAAUCAGGGUGUUUGUUGGCUGCCUUUUCCUCACCGCCACAUUAAGGAAUUUUCUUAAUUGUUUCUUUUGUUGCUGAGCAAUUUCCAGGUUUAUCUUCAGUUAUACUGUACACAGCCUUAAAGCAAGUAUUUUAUAUCUCUA